GCGGAUGCUUGCUCACACGACCCACCCGCAGCCGUGUGUCGUGCAUAGUGACAUGUAAACCCUUGAUCUUGUCAGCUUCUUAUCAUCACUCACGACAAAAGUCUCCCUUCAACCUUUGCAUUCGUUACCUUUGUGCACCAACACACCAUGGCAUACGGCCGAGGAGGCGCAGGUAAUUACUACGCAGCCAAGGAAGAGAGCAAGAAAGCUGCAGAGGAUCUCGAGGCAAACCGCUCCGCUUCAACUGCUGCACCACCUUCUGACUCUUCAGCCACGGUGCAGCCUGCCAACUCAUCGCAAACCUAUGCACACAUGGGUCGUGGUGGUGCAGGCAACUGGUACCAGCCUACUGAGCUGCAGAAGGACGGCACGUUUACUCAGCCCGGUGACUCUACUGCUAUUCCGACAUCUCCCACCCCGCAAAUCAGCACUCCAUGGCAUCCAGAGGGCCAGGAGUUGCCUGUUGCAAGGAGUGGAAGAGGCGGAGCCGGCAACUUUGUGUGGAAAAGCGAAGAGCAGGCAAAGGAAGAAAAAGAGGCUGAUGUGGCGGCCAAGCAGGAUUUGAGAGAGCAGCGCGAGACGACGCCAGAUGUCUCAACAAAGCCAGCCGAUAACUCGCAUACCGCGUCCCCUGCAGAUGUAGGACUCCCGGAUCUCCCAGAGCUCCCAGAGCUUCUGGAACCUGGUGCGAAGACGCCGUCGCACUCCAAGCCCUCCGAGGGCGCCCAGUCUUCAUCCAAGCUCGCACAAGCAACAACGACCCCUACGCCCACGCCGCACAGAAACAAAUCUACCCAGGCGUCUGCUGCUGUCACAGAGAUUCACACGCCCAAGUACCGUACGCCCAUCAAGCCUGCAGGCCAGGAGAUGCACCCGGCGCAUCAUCACGCCAGCACCGCCAAGGUCCUGGACGAGGCACGCUGGCUAGGGUUCCAGUCAUUGGGCGCGCACACUGCCCCGCCAAAGGCAGUUGGUUUGGCGGUAGGCCAGGCUACUCCUUCAAAAACUCCUGUGCCUGCUACGAGCAACGCUGCCAACAUUGGCUCGUCGCCCAGUUUCGGCUUCCGGUUCAAGUCGCCUUCCAAACCGGACGAGGCUGAAUUGAGCCCCAGCUCGCGCAACAUCUUGAAGGAUGCCGGCAUCACAGGUACGCCUGGUGCUGGAUGUCGCGCUCUGUUUGGUACCAGCGAAUGGUCCUCCAAGGCCGAUGUGUCCCCUCAGCGUAAGAAGGCGGAAGCCAAGGGCAAGAUGGCCCGCUUCAGCGACGCGCACAUGAAGCAAUUCAAGAACAUGGACUCCAUUGCCAAUCACCCUUCGGCAUUCCGCGCUGACCCAGCCCGAUUCAAACCCGUCAUUGGCCAGUCGCAGAAGAAAUCGCCUUCAAAGCCAGAUGUUGCCAAGCCAGAGGCAGGCAAACUCAAGCGCACACAGUCAAAGAUGGACCUUGCAGAAUCGAGCAAUUCGAAGCGCGCACAGCCCCAAACGACCGCGACAGACUCGGGAAGCAAGAUUCCACCGACACCGCUGAAGCGCACACUGCCCAAGCCGGACGCUACGGGCUCCAGUCUGCCGCGCUCUCAGCCCGCUCCACGAGAAGACGAAGGCGAUUGCAACCGGGCAGCAAAGCGUGUCAAGCGCACAGAGUCUGAUGAUGCCUCUACUACCCGUCCUUCACCGGGCGGGAACAAGCCUGACGCUUCUACGCCUACGACUGCAACCCCAGCGCGGAGGAUUACGUCUCAGACUGCGCUUCCCCGUCUGGCCGCUCGUCUCAUGACGCCUACAAAGUCGUCGGUUGCACGUUCGCAGAGUGUCAAAAACGUGAAGACCACAUCGAUGAUUCCAGCCCUUGGAAAGUCGCCUUCUACGGCCAACCUUGCCAGGGCCUCAUCUAUAGAUCAGACACUGUCUCCGUCCAGUAACCUUAGCCAAUUGCGGGCUAUGAGAGAUGGUGCGAGAGAAAGCAUGCGCAAGGCAAGCCACAACCUCCAGCGUGUUCGCUCGAUCCUCCGCACUCCUAACCGAAAGUUCUCAAAUGACCCCACCAAGAUUGCAGCCGGUACACACAUGUCCCCUCCUGUGUCAGACUUCGACGGAGCGCCACCCGCAAUUCCUGCUACUGCCCCCGUGAAGAAGCAUGUCAACUUUUCGAAUAGUACUCUGGAGCGUGCAUCGCACGACGAAUUGGGCAAGUCGCCGUCGCCUAUGAAAUUUAGAGCCGGCACUGAGGUGCCCACUGGUGCCGUGAUCUAUCCGAGUCUAGGUUCUGUGGUCAAGUAUCCGGAGCUGUCCCAGGAAGCUGAGACCCUCACAAACUCACCAUCACGCCGUCUUAUGUUUGGUGGCGAGACACCCAACCACCCGCGCUCUUUUUCAUUCGAGUCUGGAAAAGCCAUCAGCUUUGGUCCUGCAUCAAGUGGCACGAUCCGCAUGGUCCGCAAGAGCGACGGUCCCGAGGAAAAGAGGCGCAAGCUACAAACUGUGCAGGAAGCGUCUGAUAAGGAGAACGAUGGUCCUGCCGAAGAGGAGACACGCUCGACCAAGAAAGCAAAGCUUACGUCUGCGCCCACUCCAAAGACUCCCGCCAGGACCAGCAAGAUGCUGCGUCAUACCCCAGGGCGCCUUCACAUCAUCACCGUGGCGUCGCUGAACACCCUGGUCGGCGAAUUGAAGAAAUCCUUCAACUUCUUCAGCAACAGCUCUUUGCUAGGCAUCAGCACAGCCUCUUCCCCACGCGGGACCGAACAUUCCACAGACGCGCUAUCAAAGAUUAUCCGCUUCCUGCAACACCGCGGUUUGAGCGGCGUCGCAGACAUUGUCACCAACCCACGCUUCGACGACCCGGCCUACCUUACCACACUAGUCAUCGCACUCGCCUCCUUGAUCGUCGCCAUGUCGUGGUUCUCUCGUGCUGGCGGCAGCUGGGGAGGCCGCUUUUCGCCCUUUGGCCGUCCGGGCAACUCGCCAAACGCCAGCGUCGUAAGCGACUCCGACUUUUCGUACAUUACAAACGAAGACCUGCGCCGGAACGGGCAGGCGCAAGCACCUGAAAUCGUCGACUGGGACGACAAGAACCCAGACCGGGACACCGAUGUGCUCAUCUUCAAGCAUGGACGGACACACUACCCUACGCAUUUCCCGGCACAUAGCAUACGUGAUGGAGAUUUGAAGAUUGGCACGGUGCGGCAGGCUGCGGCGAAGAAGUUGGGCGUCGAUGACCACCGAAAGAUACGCAUGUUUUACAAGGGCAGGAAUUUGAAGCAUGACGAGCGGACCGCGCGAGACGAAGGCCUACGUGGCGACAGCAGCGGUAGUGAAAUUCUGGUUACCGUGGGCGAGGGGCCUGCCGCCGGCUACGCCACUGGAUCAGAAGACGCAGCACAGCGCGCCUGGAGCGAGGGUGAGGACGAUGAUGAUGACGGUGAUGAUUCCGGCGUGAAUGCAUCGGGCAAGAAGAAGUCCCGCAAGCGCGGUGGCAGAAAGAGCAAGAAGAAAGGCGCCUCUGCAAAUACUUCUGGCACCUCGACACCUGGCUACUCCACUGCCGGUGCUGGCUCAGAGUACCUCCCCAUGCCGUCUCACAUCAACGCUGGACCCCGCCCUUCGUCUACGCCUCCUCAAAACACCAAGCCUGCUCAGCCUCAUUCUCCGAUUGCCAAGCUCGAAGCCGUCGCCAGCAAGUUCCACACCGAGCUCGUGCCACUGUGCGUGCAAUUCAUGUCGAACCCGCCAGAAGACAAGGCCAAGAAGACAUUCGAAUACAAAAAGCUGAGCGAGACAAUUCUCACCCAGAUCAUCUUCAAGCUAGACGGUGUGGAUACCGAAGGCGACCCAGACGCAAGACUCAAGCGAAAGGCGCUCGUCAAGGAAGUACAGGCCAUGAUGGCGAAGCUAGAUGAAGUUGGCAAGGAGAGCUAGUUAGAUCAUCAUGUCUUUGUGUCUUUUUGUUUCUUUUACGACAACGGCUGAGGAGGAGGAGGAGGAGGAGGGGGGGGAAUGGCUUUCAUAUGCAACUUAAUGGGGGAGGUGCGCGGAGGAUGAGUUUGAACAUCUUCUUCUUUUCUCCUUUCUUACCUAAAUCGCAUCGAUGACUACGACGAUGAUAGACAUGGGAUUGCUUUUUUUUCUUCCUCUCUUGGUCAUGAGGGUCCUUUUUUUUAGGGAGGGGGGCAUCGUUCAUGUAGGUUAACAUCAAUUUGCAUAGCCAGAGUCC